AUGGCCGCCAUCAAGCCCCUUGUCGCCCGCGAGCUGGUCGCCCUUGCCAAGCGAUCAAACUGGGCUGCUGAGAACAAAGGUGUCAUGGUUGUCUUUUGCAUCGUUGGUGUUGUUGCCAUCUUCCUCAUUGGCCUGUGGAUCUACAAGGCCAUGCUGAAGCGCAGGAAUGCUAAGGCCACUUUCUAA